AUGCUGGUUCACGAUUCCCUUGAUUUUUUUUUAUACAUCUAUCUAUCUAUCUAUCUAUCUAUCUAUCUAUAUGAAGUUUCUUUCCAUGUAUCUUUCUCAGUUUCUCUACAUCACUGUAUUGAUGUAUUUAUAUCGCGGCUUCUUCAUGUCUAUCUAAUUAUCUCAAUUUCUUUACGUCUAUCUAUCUAUCUAUCUAUCUAUCUAUCUUAUUCGUAUAUAUCUCGCUAUCUUUGUUCAUAUCUAUCUAUCCAUCUAUCUAUCUAUCUGUCUAUCUAUGUGUCUGUCUCUGUUUCUUUAUAUCUAUCAACCUAUCCCAUUUUUGCAUCUAUCUAUCUAUCUUAUAUCUCAUCUUUGUUCAUAUCUAUCUAUCUAUCUAUCUUUCUUAUUCGUAUAUAUCUCAUUAAAAAAAUUCAUAUCUAUCUAUCUAUCUAUCUUUCUUAUUCAAAGGAAUAUCUCUUUAUCUUUGUUUCAUAUCUAUCUAUCUAUCUAUCUUUCUUAUUCGUAUAUAUCUCGCUAUCUUUGUUCAUAUCUAUCUAUCUAUCUAUCUUUCUUAUUCGUAUAUAUCUCGCUAUCUUUGUUCAUAUCUAUCUAUCUAUCUUAUUCGUAUAUAUCUCGCUAUCUUUGUUCAUAUCUAUCUAUCUAUCUAUCUAUCUAUCUUUCUUAUUCGUAUAUAUCUCGCUAUCUUUGUUCAUAUCUAUCUAUCUAUCUAUCUAUCUAUCUUUCUUAUUCGUAUAUAUCUCGCUAUCUUUGUUCAUAUCUAUCUAUCUAUCUAUCUAUCUAUCUAUCUAUCUAUGUCUCGCCCUCUUCAUAUCCAUCUACCUGUUUCUCUCAAUACCACAAAUAAAUAAUACCUCCUCCUCCUCCUCCUCCUCCUUCUUCUUCUUCUUCUUCUUCUUCUUCUUCUUCUUCUUCUUCUUCUUCUUCUUCUAG